GCAAGCUAAAGUUAGGGAAAGACACCCUGGCCAGUCUGGAGGGUCACUGGGAUGGGAAGAUCACUCUCACAGACAAGCGUACAGGGGAAGAAGAAAUACUAUGGCACGCAACCCCUGAAGUUAAAGCACAGAGACUGGAGCGGUAUACUGUGGCCGUUGAUCAGCAGGGACAGUUUGAGUCUGAGAGACUGUGGCAGCUUGUGUCAUUGGCCAUCAAGAAUGAUGAUCAGGUUGCAGCUACUGAGGAGAAAACCAUUUUGGAGGAAGCACAGAGAAGUGCAGCAAGUGAAAGAAAAGCAAAGUGUGAAGAAUGGGUGCCAAUACAUUUUGCUCAGGACCCAGUGAGUGGUGUUUAUGUGUACAAACACUCAGAUCUUCGACCCUGGGACCCUAGGACUGACCUCUUCCAGUAUGAAUACAAUUAUAUGAUCUCGACUAAAACGAGACAUAAAGCUCCGAUGAUCAGAACUGCAUCCAUAGUCAGCGUAGAUCCAAAGAUUGAUGUUGUACGGGUGAGCGGUGUGGAGGGAGUCCAGCGUCUGAGAGGAGUGAUGGAGAGAGCAGAGGCUGAGGAGACAAGUUCAGGAGACCAUGAUGACCUCCAAGAUAUGCCAGACCAUGCAACUACUGUAGCAGCCUUACCUACCAAGAGGCAACCACAUUCUCUCUCUCCCAGACCUCCAGUAGACCUCUCCAGACCUCCAGUGACCUCAGUACCUCCAGUAACCUCCAGUAGACCCCCUCUACCUCCAGACCUCUACAGACCUCUAGAGACUCCUCUACCUCCAGUAACAAAACCUCCAGUGACCUCCCAACCCUCUAAUGAGCCUAAACUCAGUAGACCUCUAGUAGACCUCCAGUAG